AUGUUGUUCAAACACAACAUCUUCAUCAUUGUUCUGCAAUUAGGUGCAAUCAUCUCGGCAGCUCCGUAUCUUGUGGAGUCGUCGACGGUUGCCCCUUCUAUUCCUCCUCCGCCCGAGCCAGAGCCUGUCAAGGUUGUCGAGUUACCAUUGCCCCCAGUCACAUCCAACGAUGAGGCCGGCUCGUGUGACUCCAGCCUUAAUCCAAGGAAAACAGGGUGCAUUUUGCGAACGGCUCAUUUCGAAUCAGGGAGCUUCCUGCCCGAUGGCAAACACGUGCUUGCAUACGUCGAGUAUGCCGGUGCUCCCCCUGCCCCCGAUCCAGCGAGCAUUUUUCACGGAAGUCAGAUCAUUAUCGUAAAGACGGACGGCUCGCACUUUCCCAAUGGAGACUCUUGGAAGUGCUUGACAUGCGGCCUACCUGCGGAAAAUGCUGUUGGUCGUACUGAAGCUAUGGACUACCCGCAAUCUUUUGUUGAUGGCAAACGUGCGCUCGUGGGCACCAACAUAUUAGAUUGCGGGCAAUAUAGCCUGGCGAGCGUAGAUUGCACACCAAAGCACACAUUUCUAUAUCCUAUCCAUUGGACUGUUACUCCGGACGGCUCAGGCCCAAGUGGCAGUAUACGAGAGCUUCGACUUCACCCCGAUAAUGUACACUUGGGAUUUAGCUCCUUCGCAACCUUGGGUGGCAUGUUGACACAAUACGGCUACUUUAGUCGACUUCAAUUUAAUCAGUCGCCGAAAUCAGGUUUACCACUCAGCCCUCGCUAUGAUUUAGUCAACGUUACACGGCUGUACAACCCAGAUAGCGUCCAGCCUAUCUCGGUCAAAGGAAACAAUCUGGUGUGGACACCAUCAGCCAUUUCUGUUGGAGAACUUAGGGGCUUCACAGGUCGGGGAAAGGAGAUCACGUAUGUCGGAUAUCCAGACGAGUCUUCCAACUUGGACGUGUAUGCCGCCGAUUUAAAGACUGGUGCAGUCCGACGGUUGACGAGCCAUCCUGAAUAUGUCGAUCCCAUCGAUUUCUCUCCCGACGAUGAGUGGUUUGCUAUUAUGGAUACACGCGGCACAGACCGGCAAAUGUUCAUCUCCGGAAUGCGGAAUAUUCCACCUAUUACGGACCUGUUAAGUACCAGUAUCACAUCAGCUACCCGCAACAACGGCCAUCGUCGCUUCUUCCAACCUUACUUGGUUGACCGCUGGGGUGAUCGCGGGUCAUAUUAUGGCCAAAAGAUCAACGGGCCGUUUGGGAUUCCGGGGAGUGGUGCUAUCAACGAUCCUGAAUGGAAUGGAAGAGCCGACCCCAGGUGGUCGCCUGAUGCAACAAAGUUGGUCUACUGGGAGGCUCUCACCGUAUUCCCAGAUUGUGGCGGGUCCAACCCACUCCCUUGUUAUAACUCCACGGCGGACGGUGGAAGAGUCUACAGGAUGAUGAUGGCUAAUUUCACGUCACGAACCCCCAAAAUCCUCCCACCUGUUGCACCAGUUUCAGAUGUAGUCCCCUGGGGAGUGCCGUAUUUGCCAGGCGAUGACGUGCCGGAGAGGCCACAACCAGCGCCAGGUGUCUACACUUUGAAGGGUAAGCUAUCUGGAUUAGCGGAGGUCACAUUUACAAAUCAAUUCGACCUCACGUCCAUCAGCAGCGUGGCAGUCCGCUAUAAUAACUUCUCUAAUGAUGGAGAGACGUUUCUUGAGGGGUUUGAAAACGUUACUUCCCAGUCACAGAGCGCAACAUUGAACCACAUCGAUUGGUAUUCCGACCUCCAACAAAAAGGCAACGUUAAUGCCACCAAGAAGACAAGUCCGAACGGUUUUCACUUGACCAUUGAUGUCCUUGUAAACAAGUUUGAUGCGAAUGGAACUCUUACGACUGUAGUCAAUGGCAAGAUUUAUACUCAGCCGAUUAACGGUGGUUAG